GCUUAGUUGCAUUGUUCCUAUAUAUACCAGAAUAGCUGAUUGCAGUGUGUUUGGAAGAAAAUGUAGAUGAUCUGAGUUUUGGAUUUGUAGUAAAUAUAUGAAAUCAUUCAUUCAGAAGCAAGUUCCUGCAUGGAAUCAGGUUUGAUGACGACGAGAAGCAUGCUUUCACUGAACUUCCCGACACCAUUUGUUAUGCAGAAUGUCUCUGAGUGAGAUCGCGGUUUUUGCCUAUGAAUCUUCGGUGCACAGCACCAAUGUCUUGCUCAGCCUCAAUGACCAGCGGAAGAAGGACGUGCUGUGUGAUGUCACUGUCCUUGUGGAGGGCCAGCGGUUCCGUGCCCACCGAUCCGUGUUGGCGGCGUGCAGCAGCUACCUCCACUCGAGAAUCGUAGGACAGGCCGAUGCAGAGCUUAACAUUACUCUACCAGAAGAGGUGACAGUUAAAGGAUUUGAACCUUUGAUUCAGUUUGCCUACACUGCCAAACUGAUUUUAAAUAAGGACAAUGUGGAUGAAGUGUGCAAGUGUGUGGAAUUUUUAGGUGUACGUGACAUUGAGGAGUCCUGCUUUCAGUUUCUCAAAUUUAAAUUUUUGGACUCCACUGCUGACCAGCAAGAAUGCCUAAGAAAAAAAUGCAUCCCAUCACACUGUCAAAAAGCAGACCUUAAAUUUUCACUUUUGGACCAGAGGGAUUUAGAAAUUGACGAAGUGGAGGAAUUUUUGGAAAAUAAAAAUGUCCAGACUUCUCAGUGGAAACUGCAUAGGUAUCAAGCAAAUGCAAAAGUAUCAUCUCCUCUGCAAGACAGUGCCAGUCAAACCUGUGAAUCCAUGUGCUUAGAAAAGGAUGCUGCUCUGGCUUUGCCAUCUUUAUGCCCCAAAUACAGAAAAUUCCAAAAAGCUUUCGGCACUGACCGAGUCCGUACUGUGGAAUCCAGUGUCAAGGACGUUCAUGCUGCUUCUGUUCAGCCGAAUGAGACACCUGAAAAUGAGUGUCUGGGAAGAAUCCAGGACUGUGCAGAUCUGCAGGUGAUAUUAAAAUGUGAAGAAAGUAAAUUAGCAACAGAACAUGAAGAAACCAAGAAGGAAGAUCCUGCUUCUCAUUGCCCGUCAGAAAAAUCGGAAGUGACUCCUUUCCCCCACAAUUCUUCUGCAGACCCUCAUGGGCUCUAUUCUCUGUCUCUUUUACACACAUAUGACCAAUAUGGUGACUUGAAUUUUGCUGGAAUGCAAAACACAGCAGUGUUAACAGAAAAGCCUUUGUCAGGUACAGAGGUUAAAGAGGAGAAAACAUUUGGUGAAAGUCAGGAUUUACAUUUGAAAUCUGACUCUGGCCCCAGGGAAGACAGUAGCCUUGCCUCUAGCGAUCGGAGUAGUGUGGAACGGGAAGUGGCAGAACACCUAGCAAAAGGCUUCUGGAGUGACAUUUGCAGCACAGACUCUUCUUGCCAAAUGCAGUUAUCACCUGCUGUGGCCAAAGAUGGCUCAGAACAGAUCUACUCACAGAAACGGUCUGAGUGUCCCUGGUUAGGUAUCAGGAUUAGUGAGAGCCCAGAGCCGGGUCAGAGGACUUUCACAACGUUGAGUUCUGUCAACUGCCCUUUUAUAAGUACUCUGAGUACCGAAGGCUGUUCAAGCAAUUUGGAAAUUGGAAAUGUUGAGUAUGUUUCAGAACCCCAGCAGGAACCUUGCCCAUACGCUUGUGUGAUUAGCUUGGGAGAUGACUCUGAGACCGAUACUGAAGGUGACAGCGAACCCUGUUCAGCCAGAGAACAAGAAUGUGAGGUAAAACUGCCAUUUAAUGCACAACGAAUAAUUUCACUCUCUCGAAAUGAUUUUCAAUCCUUGUUGAAAAUGCACAAGCUGACUCCAGAACAACUGGAAUGUAUCCAUGAUAUUCGAAGAAGAAGUAAAAACAGAAUUGCUGCACAGCGCUGUCGCAAGAGGAAACUUGACUGCAUACAGAAUCUUGAAUCAGAAAUUGAGAAGCUGCAAAAUGAAAAGGAGAGCUUGUUGAAAGAGAGAGAUCACAUUUUGUCCACGCUGGGCGAGACGAAGCAGAACCUCACUGGACUGUGCCAGCAGGUCUGUAAAGAAGCAGCGCUAAGUCAAGAACAGAUCCAGAUACUUGCGAAGUACUCAGCUUCAGAUUGCCCGCUCUCACUUUUAAUUUCUGAAAAAGAAAAAAGUACUCCUGAUGGUGAACGUGUGUUACCGUCCCUUUUGAGUUUACCCGAGGGGCCCCCAGCAGGGCCACCCGCCUGCGAACCAAGCGCUUGCCAUCCCAGUGCACAGAGCGGCGGGUCGGCGGGCUGUGCGCCCGGCCAGGAGCCCCGGGCCGCUGCCAGCACUGCGCCUGAGCAGGCCGGGCUCGGAGAACUGUGCCAGCCGGGGGGAGGCAUCUCUGAUUUCUGCCAGCAGAUGACGGAUAAAUGUACUACUGAUGAGUAAACUUGCAUUCAUGUCCUUCACACCACUCGUUUUCUACUGCUGUUUCGUUGUCUUAAAUGCAUAAUAUAGCUUCUGUCUCUUAAUGAUACUGUUUUUUGCCCCUGGUAGUUUGCUGUUAAGAGAAUUCCUCUGCAGUGAAUCCUGAUUUUUCUCUGAUUUCCAUGAGAUGCAGAAAUUACAUGCCCCCUGGAUCCC